AUGCCAACUAUGGAAGAAAAAGAUAGUAAACAAAGGAAUCUAAAAAAACAAGGUACCAUUAAUGAAAAAGGCAUUAGCAAAUCACACAGGGAAACGAAGAGUCAGCAUUCAACUGGACUAGAGGAUCUCAAUGACCUUGCAAGAAAUUUACCGAAUUUGACAUCGAAACCAUCAAGUCCUUCAAAAACUAAGCAUUCCUCUAAUUUUCGCGCCUUACAAAGUUUAGGGAAACAACAAAUAGAUGUGGAUUCAACAAAGGAUGAUUUACCUACAAUAUCACCAGAGAAAAUAGAUGCCAUCUUCUCUCCGAAACCGAAAACAACUAAAGGGAAAGCAAUAAAUUCACCAAUGAAGGAGCCUCCUCGACCAAAAACUCCAAACACUGGCAAAGAACAAUGGGAUUUGGACCCUUUUGCUCCUAUUCCAGUGAAAUCUUCCGCAUGGAAGUCUCCUUACAAACAGAAUAUCACUAAAAUAAGCAAGCCACCUUUAAACAAACCUACUAGUGAUGCUUUCGUCAUUAAGACACCAAAAAAUGACGCACCUACAUGGUUAAAUACGCCAGUUCAACCAAGGACUCCUAGUUCUUCAGCGUCUACGUCUCCGCGUAAAAAUUAUAGCUCACCCAAGCUUUCUUCACACGAGUUUGUUGAUCCUAUAAAGACUCAGGAAACUUUGAAAGAUCUUUUUGCAGGAUCAUUCGUAGAUAAGGCGACCAUUGAUUCGGAAUCUGGACACAACGGGGAGUUUUCUAUCAAAGGAUUGAAGCUGUCUUUACUACCUCACCAGGUUCAAGGCCUUCGCUGGCUACAGCGAAGGGAGAACACUGACAAUGAUGAGGUGCAAAACACUGCUUCAAAAGAGAAAAAAAUAAAGGAAGAAUUUAAACCAUAUGGUGGUAUCCUUGCAGAUGAUAUGGGUCUAGGAAAAACUAUACAGACAAUUUCGUUAAUUAUAUCUCAUCCAUAUCAAGGUAAAUCUUUAGAGACCAAGGAUGAAGUUAAUAAGUCUCUUAUUCCAUGUCAUUCAACUUUGGUGAUUGCUCCUUUAAGUUUGAUAAAACAAUGGGAAGGCGAGGUUCAUAGUAAAAGCAAUUUAAAAGCUUUGGUUUUUCACGGUGCAAACAGAAAGAAAGAAUUAAAUCAUGUACAUGAUUAUGAUGUGGUCAUCACAACUUACCAGACCCUCGUUUCAGAAUAUGCACCCGAUAAAAAAGAAGAGAACUCCAAAGAAACAUUGAGCUUAUUUUCUUUCUUUUGGUGGAGAGUUAUCCUUGACGAAGCUCAUACAAUCAAGAAUAAGGCAUCAAAAACUGCUGUAUCGUGUUGUUCCUUAAUGAGUAUUAACCGUUGGUGUCUUACUGGAACACCCUUACAAAACAAUUUAGAUGAGCUUUUCUCGUUAAUUAAGUUUCUGAGAAUACAACCUUUGAAUGACGCAGCUACAUGGAAAGAUCAAAUCACUCGUCCGGUUAGCCAAGGGAAAGGGCAAUUGGCUGUUGAACGCUUACGUGCCUUUCUUUCCGUCAUUAUGUUGCGAAGGACAAAAAGCAUACUCCAACAAUCAGCUGGAAAGUUAGGAGACGGUGGGCUAAUGAAUUUACCAAAACGGAUUGUUGAGAAAGUGAGUUGCCAAUUCAGCGAACGUGAAAAGGAGUUUUAUUACUCUCUGGAAAAGAAAAGUGAAACUACAAUGUCAGAAUUCAUAAAGAUGGACGAAGUUAACAGGAAUUAUACAAAUAUUCUCUGUUUACUUCUCCGUUUACGACAAGCUUGCAAUCAUCCAAAGCUUAUUAGCACACAUUUACAGAAUGAUGCCGAUGCUCUUUCUAUUUCCACUAUGAAAAUGAAUGGUAAGGACCCUCUUCCUGAUCAAGCCGUGGACGAUGUUGCCGCUAUGCUUGAAGGGAUUGAAAUUGGUCACAAAAGUAAAGUUCGAUGCGAAAUAUGUUAUACGGUACUUCCACAGAGUUCGAGUACUUCAAUUUGCAAAAACUGCCUAUCUAACAUACGAAAGCUUUCUGCUGAUCCAUCAGAAGUAGCAAUGGAUCGGGAACUGUACCUGUCGUCCAAAGUAAAAAAGAUUCUUUGUAUUUUGAAGGGAGAAGGACAACAUGAAAAAGAAGGGAAAUCUAUACCAACCGGAAAGACUAUCAUUUUCUCUCAAUUUACAACCUUCCUUGAUAUCCUUGAACCGCACUUAGUUGCUGCGAAAACCAAGUUUGUUCGUUACGAUGGAAAAAUGGCUAACCCUGCUCGUGAGGAAUCGUUGCGAAUACUAAGAGAUGACAACGACGUGCGCGUUUUAUUGUGCUCUUUAAAGUGUGGAGCACUUGGCUUGAAUUUAACUUGCGCUAGUCGUGUAAUUCUCUCAGAUGUAUGGUGGAAUCCAGCGAUUGAGGAUCAGGCUAUCGAUCGGGUUCAUAGAAUUGGGCAAACAAAGGAUGUAUUCGUAUACAAACUGGUUGUAGCUAACAGCAUCGAAGAGAGAAUCGUCGCUUUGCAAGAAGAAAAGCGACUGAUUGCAAAAGGCGCUUUGGGAGACAGCAAACUAAAAGUAAAAUCAGGAAAAUUAACGAUUAGCGAUCUUUUGUAUCUUUUCCAUAAACAAGCUGAAGCUGGACUCUAG